AUGUCCCUUCUCACAAUAUGGGAAGCUCACAAGAGUGUCAUCAGGGGCUUCAUAAUAGGCCUAGCAAUGAAGAAGAAGAAAGAAGCAUCAAGAUACCUGAUGGAGCUAAAAGCCCAGAUCCAUAUCCUUGAGACCCAACAUAAAAGGUCGCAAUUGGAAGCCGUGUACAAGGAGCUAUUGAACACAAGAAGACAGCUGAAGGACAUUCUCCUGCGCCAACAUUUCAAAGGCAUACAGAGAUCCAAAGGAUUCUUUUACACACACGCAAACAAAGGGGAUAAAUACCUAGCACGCAUGCUCAAGGGACCAAGGCAACACACACAGAUACAUAGCCUUAACAUAUCAUCAGGA